AGAUUAAAGUGGGUUCGGUUCGGUUCUAUUAUCGCCCCAAUUCGUUAGCAUCCAAGUGGGCGACAGUAGCCGUGACAGGCAUCGAGUGUGCACAUGCCCAGCCCAGCGCUUCGUUUUAUAUCUCCGUAAUCUCUGGAAAUUGUGACAAGUUUGGAAGAAGUUGCUGCUGCUAACGGCGCUGCCCGUUGCUAUUGCGCAAUCAUUUAAUGUUGUCUACAGCCAUAUUGGGUCGCAGUACUCGUUUACCCUUGCAAGCGUUCAAUUCAUGGAGAAGGCGCCUACGGACCAAUAGAAGCACCUCCUCCGUUUCAACAUCCCCCCAGCACCAGCGCGAGCAGGCCACCCAACAUCAGUCACGGCAGUUUACUCGAGCGUUUCACUCACACAAGGCCAUGGACUCGCCGCCGGACGUAUUUCGCGGUCAAACGGAUCGCUUCGCUGGCGUCACAGUGGACGGCCGCGAGGAGACCGUCGAAAAGUCCGAGUUUGAGGAAAAGCUAAACAAAUCAUUGGAGUGGUGGACAAAGAACAAGAACCGUGCCAUUUGGUUUCGCGUGUACAAGGAGCAGGCGGAUUGGGUGCCCAUUUUGGCAGCGGCCGGCUUCGACUUCCACCACGCCCGCACCGGGAUUGUGGUCAUGUACCGCUGGCUGCCCACGCACGAGUCCAUCAACCUGCCCAACUACGCCCACACCCUGCUGGGCGUGGGGGGCCUGGUGAUCAACGACAAGGACGAGGUGCUGGUGGUCUCCGAUCGCUAUGCGAUGAUACCCAACAGCUGGAAGCUGCCAGGAGGCUAUGUAGAGCCGCGCGAGAACCUCAUCGAUGCGGCCAUACGCGAGGUGGAGGAGGAGACUGGCAUCAGGACUACAUUUCGUUCGGUGGUGUGCCUGCGGCACGCGCACGGCGGCAACUUCGGCUGCUCCGAUAUAUAUAUGGUGAUUGCCCUGAAGCCCCUCAACCUGGACUUUACGCGCUGCGAGCGCGAGAUCGCCCGCCUUCAGUGGAUGCCCAUCGCCGAGUACCUGCAGCAUCCCCAGGUGCACGAGACGAAUCGGCAGUUUGUGCACACAUUCCUCGACUACCAGAAGCGCGGCCUGGUGCUCACCUGCCGCAAUCAGGUGCACCAAGUGCUCAAGAGGGAGUACAAUCUGUACUUUGUGGACGGGCAGUCGAAGCCAGACGAUGGCCCAAAACUGUGAAUGCGAAUGCGAAAGGGAAUGGUAAUGGGAAGCCAAAAUAAUUGAAAAUGGCAGAGGACGUUUUUAGGGAAAUUGCACAAAAAUGUAGAUAAAUAGAGAUUAAUUUUUGUAUGUACUUUGUAUUGUUAAAUGUGCCAAAUGAAAGGCCAGCCACUGGCCAAACAAGUGA